AUGAAAAGUGGAUACUCCGAUGUGUACGAAAAUGAGAUUCCUGGGGGUCAAUACACAAACUUACAGUUUCAAGCCUUUAGUCUGGGGCUCAAUGAACAGUUUACUGAGGUGAAGAAAAAAUACACGAUGGCAAACCGUCUCUUAGGAGAUAUUAUAAAGGUAAGCAAUAAAAAUAUGUAAGGAUUUUGAAAUUCUGUGACUCAAAACACUGAUCUGAGAUUGAGAACCAGGACUGGAUAGAACAUUCCGUGGAAGUAUCGGACCACGGAACCAUUGGUCCACGAAAAUAUUUGAGUUCUCAGAAAAUAUUUCUUUCCCAAGAAAGAAAAAAAAAGAUAAUUGUAAUAAUUUAGAUAAAAGGAGAAAUUCAGAGGAAAAAUUCUAACCAAUAGAAAGAAUGUCACCUGUAUUGUAGGUAUGACCUCAGAAAUGUAAUUAGUGCAUCCAUCUCAAUAGUGUGAUGGUAUAUAAAUGUAUAGACUAUAGAAUAAUGUAACAAAUGUUGUAUGGCAAAUGCAUUUUUAGGCAAUCCCCAACACCUGAUUUUCAAAAUUUCCUGGGGGAGCAAAAUGUGACCGGUCACUUGGAACGAAUUCGACCGGUCAUUGACCAUUUAGCGGCCGUUACUUAGUAAGUAGGGGGUGUAAGUAGGGGGUGUGCUUAUUAUACUUGUACUUGCAGCUGAGAGAUAAGCUGAAUUGCGAAGGACACAGUUCAACGUGAUCGAGUCGAAGGCUUUCUAAGGGCGCAUAUAGCAGCCACCUUUUGACUCGCCAUCACGGAGCACAGCGACGAUGAAAGAGUUACUUUUUAGGGAAUAUCCUAACCAACCCUGUCAAUAUUCCCUGGUUUUGUAUAAUAUAUGUAUUGUGUUGUUCACAACACAACAUUCCAUCUUUCACCUGUAAAUAUUUCUAUCAUUGCACUCAUAAACUUUCAUUAUUUGUAUACAAUUCCAUUCUAUUGUAUGUCAGGUGACACCAUCAUCAAAAGUCGUUGGCGAUCUAGCUCAGUUUAUGGUUCAGAACAACCUAAAUGAACACGAUGUGUUAGCUCGAGCCAGUGAACUGGAUUUUCCGAACUCUGUCGUUGGCUUUAUGCAAGGUGAACUAGGCCAACCAUAUGGAGGCUUCCCUGAGCCGCUUAGAACGCAGGUACGUCGACUUUUUCUUCUGUGUUGGCUAGUUUCAGAAACCGUUCUGCGGAGCAGCAAAUUUUGGUUAACUUCAAAAUUGCUGACACUUAUAUAAACAACUCGUACGUUCCAUUGUCACCAUGCGUCCAAAUGCGAUACGACCACGUUUUGUUUUGUGGCUGGAAAUUUUAGUUUUUUCAACUUUUUGCCUUAAAUUCCAUGCAAUAUGUAGCUUAAUUUUUAGACCGCCAAUACUUUUAUUGUGAGAAAUGUUUGUUUAUGCAGCCAUCAUUCAAAGUCUAAGGACAGUUGCCCUCCCCCCGCCGUCUAGUGUCCGCUACUGCGUCAUAUCUAAUACACUGAAUCGUGUUGUUGUGUCUUUAGGUUCUCAAAGGAAAACCAACGAUUGAUGGGAGACCUGGGGAGAGUAUGGAAGAUAUGGACUUCAAUAAGCUUGAGAACGAGUUAAAGGAGGAACACGGUAUUGAAAGUAGACUUUUCUUAUUUAACAUUUUCAUUGGAGCAUGGAGGGUAGCUACGAGAGUGAUAAAUAUACCAUGUUGACAAUUUCCGUUCCUAAACUGAAAAGAGAAUUUGUUGAGGAAAAUUAGGAAGCACAACACUUGCAACUUUAUUUUAAUCAUAGUCUAUCAAGAUAUGAAGGUCUGGAAACUAAACAGAAGUCAUUGUAUUAUGUUUUUGUCUGAGUUUAUGUUCAUUUGUGCACGUUCACAGUGAUUGAGCUCAUUUAGGCCGUAGGAUGAGCAUCCAAAAGAUGCUUAGAAAACGGAUUCCGUUGCACCCCUCGUGUAACUACGUAAUUUUCACAUAAAUAAAUAGAUAAAAACUUACUUUAUCAGAAUCCGUUGCUCCCCAAGCGAAACAGGUGCACAUUUGGGAGAAAAAUCCCUCCAAAGUUUGAUAUUUUCGCGCUUCGAAAUAUUCGAACCGCCAUUGUUUUGAUAGCAAAUACGCAUGCGCAACUCACCCAAACUCGCACUGCGCACGCGCAUAACCAACGCACAUGCUUCGAAGUGGAAACCAUUGAACUAUAAAUAAACUGGAAGGCUAACUCAGGGGGGGAAAUUGAAGCCAGUGUAUUUUAGUUUUUCUGAGUUAUGAGCAGAAAUACUCAACACUGAACGUUGGGCAAUAUAUCAAAUCGAAGCUAUUGAAAAACGCUAUUUGGUGUAGAAAUUUCAAGACUUUAGCUAAAAGAGAAGUAUUGAAAAACUACAAACAUAAUUACCGAUAAUUUGCCGUUUUGCAGUUGUUUUUGUAUUUUUUAAAUAUUUCUCUUUUCCUGAAGUCUUGAAAUUUCCACACCGAAUAGCAAUUUUCAAUAGCUUCAAUUUGAUAUAUAGCACGACGUUUGGGGUCAAGUAGUUCUGCUCAUAACUCAGAAAAACUAUUUUGGCUUCAUCAAAUCAUAGGCCUUCAUCAUAGCAGUUAGCCUUCCAGUUUAUUUAUAGUUCAAUGGUGGAAACACGCUCAGUUAUGCAAAUAAACAUGGCUGAAGAUAUUUAUAAAACUCGAAUAUCCUCAUGUUUUAUGCAUUUUGAUGGCGUUACGGAGCAGCUUUGCAAAGUUACACGCCAAAGGCUUAAGAAAUUUCUUGAGUGUAGGUCAAAAUGGGCCAAACUUAAAUGUCAACAAGCUGAAAUAGCUAAGAAAUCGUACGAGAACAUCGAUGACGGAUCUGUCAAUUCAUACAACGAGAAGAACUCUGACACCUUUAACUUAGAAUGGAACCAUCAUAUGAAAUGCUGGAAGAGAUUUUGUGAUGAAGAGAAGAUCUGUAGAUAACAGAGAAAAGAAGAAAAAGGAGAAGGAACUAGCUGUAAAACUGUAACUUCUACCAAAGAAUCACACGUGGAAGUGGAGGACAAUAGAACCAAGGCGAAAAAUUACACGUCAAUCAGUCGCAGAAGCUAUAAAUAUAAAGGCCCUGCCUAAAAGAAACGCGCAUGUACUCCCAGAGAUAUGUAUUAUUUGUGGAAGAGACGCUUCGUGGUUCUCACUAGACAAGGUAUGGUCAUUUUGAUAGGUAUAAUACUAGCGCAAUGUGCACAACAUUCUCAGGUUUGGUUUUAAAAUAUAUUGAAUUGUGAUCAAUUAAGUUUACUUAGGGUAAAGUAGUUUCUAUGCUACAAACAUCUAACCUUGUUAUUAGUAGAUAUUUAGUUUAAUAAUAACCAGGCAACUAAGAAGAGAAGAACCCCACUCAUGUUGGCAGAAACAAUUGAUGCUGGUCUUCUACAUACAGCUGCCGAGAGAAAGAAUGAUCAACGGAUACUCGUAUAAAUCCAGGGGAAAGACUGUGUAGCUCUGGAAAUCCGCUAUCACAAAGUUUGCUACUGCAAUUAUACAAUAUUUCUCACCAGAGAGACGAAGAAGCAACAAGAGCAUCAGUGUACGAGAAGUCUUAUGAUGUAUUCUGUAAAAAAGUAAUGGAGAUGGAGGUCAUCUGAAAUAAGCAAAUAAAGUAUAUGAAAGAAUCAAGAUUUGCUGGAGAAAUUUGUUAUCAUUCCUAAGGACACUGAGAAUGUGGAUGCAUCUAAAUAUAGAGCUUUUAAACUCAAGCAAUGACUGAUGAAAAGUUAUCCCCAACGUGUGUUCUGUGUACCGAAAAUGAGAAAUGUUAGUGAGAUUGUAUUUGUGGAAAAUUUGGAUUCUUCUGAAUUGGUUGAGGAACAUAUGUCAAUUAAGGGCCUGUUUAUAUGGAAGUCGGGCUGGCCAGCUUAGCGACACAGCCCGGUAAGCGGGAUGAAUUUCUCUUGUGUUUAUAUGGGAUACUUUCACCCCGUUUGCCGGGACGAUUUUGUUACAUUGUAUUGUUUUGACAGUUGUCAAAAAUAGAUUGCGGCGGUAUCUUUGAACUUUCAUCCCGGCAACCGGAAUAGCCCUCUUGUAAAUGUUUAUAUAGAGAAAUUUCCAUCCCGGUAAGCGAGAUCUAGCCUCUUUCAAACGAGAUCUCUGCAACCGGGCCAGCCCGCUUGUCCAUAUAAACACACAAUAACUUUUACUAUAAAAAUAACUACACAGCGAGAUCUCGCUUACUAGGCUGUCUCGCUUAUCAGGCAGGCUUCCAUAUAAACAGGCCCUAAGUCUGAAAACAAUGAUGAGGACUUUAAUGAAGAGAGCUGUACCAUUGAUUAUGAAGAUGUGAAUUCCAACACAAAAACUGAGGGAAAUUAUAAAGUCAAUGAGUUACAAAUUCUAUACAAUGCUGCAUUGAUUCUUCACCAAAAGGUGCAAGAAAUACCAAAACUGAAUCUUCCUUGGCCACCAUUGGCGCCUGAUUUGACAAGGGAUAAUAUUUCAAAUCCGACUAUGAGGUCAUGACUAGACUAGAUUUCAAGUCCACGCUAUUUGAUUAUGUCCGAGGCGAAGCAGAGGACUGGAUCAAAAUGUGAGGUCUUGAAAUCUAGUCCAGUCCGAAUUGGAGGAUUUGAAAUGACAUCCAUACGAAUAAAUCACUACUUAGUUGAUUUUGAUCCAGUUCAAGGACUGAAUUAAUUUUAAUCCAGUCCUACAGUAGAGCACUACAGGAUCAAUAUACUUCAUAAGGGAUCUAGUAUUAUCAUGUGAGCUAAAUAAAGCAAUAUGGUUGGCUAAUUUGCUCAUGAAUUAUUAAUGAUUUGAGGUGAACAAUGGUGGUAAUGCACAUAGAUAUUAUCAGUGGAGUAGAUCAGUAUUAUUUACUUAUUCGAUAUUCUCAAUCGAAUCCACAGUAUUUAUAUUAUCAACACAUAUAUCCCUCUCAUGGACAGGGUAACAAUAUGGUCAUGUCUGGGAAGCUAAAACGCACCCUGGUGGAGGAGCUAAAAUGCACAGCAGCAAAUCUAUAAGAAAAAUUCAACUAGUGUGGACAAGAAAAACCAUAAUGAAUCGUUCGUUGUUAUUCUAGAUAGUGGCUAAAUACCAACUUAUGUCACAAUAUAAAUAAUAUAUAUGUAAUAGUUCAAAUACGAGAAGUAGAACUUUACCAGACAAAAGCCAGGACAGCUUAUUGCAGAAUACAUGCAAUCUCGUUUUGAGCGUGCAAGCCCUUAGCCUGCGGUGCAGACGCAAUUUCCUGCAACUAGCAAGCCCUUGGCCAGGAUCCAAUAAGUGGGAUUUUAAUGCUCUGAUGAAAAUCUGGGUUCGAAGAUGAAAACAUUUCUUUCAAUUAUAGAUAGCUAUAAUGAAAUUAUGGAUUUUAUAUUUGCUCCCAAUUUAUCUUUUUUUAUGAUGAAUUUCGAGUUUAUAUAAAUAUCCCUUAAAGCCCGGUAUGAACUGGGAAACACUGUUUGUUAUAUUAUUUGUCUUUCCAAUCUUUCGGUAUGUGAUAUUGUCUUAUCAGCGUCGGCAAACGGAUAAAGAGUGUUUCAUAAAAUGCAAUAAAAGCCAAUUAAAAAUCACGAAUAUUUCCGCAACAUUGUUUCUUACGUUUGGCUAAGCGAAACAUUUUAUUUGUUCCUUGAUCGUGUGAAUUGUAUGUAUAUAUAUUUUUUAUUUCUUCGUCCUAGCUGUUUCAUACAGGUGGUUUUUUUACCUCACACAAAUUUGUAUUGAAUUAGGAUGUUAAUAAUGUUAAUACAAAGUAGAAUUAAACGUUAAAACGGUAUUUUGAAACAAUAACCAAUAAAUUGAAGUGAUUUAGCAUAAGAGCCAACCUCGUACCCAGGGUAUUUGCUCUUGGGAAGCGAAAUACCCUGGUAUGGGCUGGUCACGUGACCCGCGGAUUUUGCGUAAAAUGGCGUAUUGUUUAGUAGGGUCGGGGGAGUGAGUAUAUAUUGUGACAAUUAAUUAGAUCGCUCUAUGAAUAUAAACAAUAACCAUUGAAUCUUCAAAGAAAUCGUGAUUAUUCGUGAAAAGAACUGCAAUUAAAAAUUAAUAUUUAUCGUGAUGUGACUUUCUAAUCUAGUGUCGAGUUACAAUUCAAGCAAAUUGGAUCAGAUUUCAACUUAUAGACCUGUCAAUGAGAAAGCACGCGUGGACGGCGUGGCAAUAUAAUAAAGCAGUACAAGAAAAUAUAUAUAUCUAGACCGAACAAUGUGGUUAUUCAUUUAUUUAAUUGUUAUGAAAGUAUAUCUAGAUACUCGAACCAAAAGAAUUUAUUUAUUGAUGAGAUGUGGCAUGCAAUUGCAACGAAAUAGCGAGAUCUUUUGAUUUCCGAAAUAUCGCCAAGACGCCAACUGUAUCCAGAUUGUUGACUAUAAAAGCUUAUAAAACUUCCUGCAUUGGCCCUUGGCAUUGCUGAAACUUAACAAUCAUGGUAUAUGUUAAAGUCUAGCUGUCUGUUGAAAAUCUACAGUAUUAAAAUCAUACAUCAAAGAUAAGUCAAACGACAAUAUACUAUAUUAUGUCUUUCAAUGGGCACUUUAUAUUAGUAAUAGUGUUUACAACAUUUAUAAAUUUUAUAAACAGCUUUCGUUUUGACACAACUCACACAAGUUUAAAUUUUUUGCUUUAUAUAUAUUCUUAAUAAUACAAGUGAGAUUUAAAUAUUUUUCUUUGUGGAAUAGAAUCCCGUUAUUUUUUAAUGGACAGCUUGUAUCGUCUUUAUCAUAUCCAGGAUUGCUUGUAAAUGCAUAAUAAUAUCACUAUGACACUAUCAAAUAAAUAUACAAAUAUAUUUGAGAGCCUUGUUUUUUAGAGCAUAUUAAUGACUAAUGAACUACAAAUAAACAGAUGAUUCACAAUGAAAACUUUAAAAAUGUUAGUAGAAGUAGAAAACUCGAAAAUUUAUGUUUAUUCGUAUGACAGUCUGUGCGCGUCUGACACUGUAAAUUCACAAUAUAUAGAUUUAGUAUAUUAGGAAAAUAUUAUGAUUAAUAAAGACCAAGAAAAAGGCUAAAGCCUGACUAUAAUCACCGAAUACUAUGUACUAAAUCCAAAAUUUUAUAAUCACUGACAGACUUUCUCUGUUUGGCUAGUAUCAAAUGUAAUACAUUUGCUAAUAUUGGGCUCUAGUCCCAGACAAUACAAUACAAUACUGUUUCUUUCAAUCUUAUAAACAAGACGCGUAGACGUAUAGUAACAAGUAAUUAAAUCGGUGCAAAGCAUAUAAACAUUUACAAGAAAGGACAAAUCUAAUGGCGUAUUUUAAAAACAUUACAUAUGUAGAAAUGACUGAAAAGCUCAUAAUAAACGUUUGUUAUAAAACCGCGCUCAAGUGUGAAGAGACGGCAUUGAAUAACAACACGAGAGAGCACUGUGAGUAACGAUUUGCUUGGUUUCUUGACUUGACUGUUGGUAAAAAUGUAAGAAUGUUCUUGUAAAUUCAAAGCAAAGAAAAUAAACAAAAAUUAGCAAGUAUUUUGAACUUAAUAAUGUUUUUAACUGUUAAACAAAAUAUCUCCACUGGAAUCAUGUAAUUUGAUACUUUUCCCACACCCCCUCAGGCGCUAAAUUUUGGACGAGGCACGUGACCAGCCCAUACCAGGGUAUUUCCUAAAUACCCUGGGAACGAGGUUGACAUUCAAACAGGAAAGAUUUAUAUUCAAAUUUUCUGCUUAUAAAGAUCGAAAGACUUAAUAGAACACAAGGAGAUUGUUUUCAAAGGUAUGUCUCUUGUGUAUUUACUUAUUUGUAUGGGGCGCCGAAGCGGACAAAACUGCUAUAUGCACAAAUAUCCAUGCUCUUCUGUAAACAGCAUACAAAUGCAUGCUAAGUUAAAAUAAAAGCACUCAAAAUUCCAAAAACACAUCCUGAAAUCUAAAAAUUCAUUCGAAGAAUAUUCGCAAAAAUACAUGCCAAUUGACAAAUAUACAUGCUAAUUAAUAUUCCAUCAUGCUAAUUAAUAUUCCAUAAAUUAACAGAAGUAUUCGGGCAAAGACAUUCCCGCGCUUUUCUUCCAAACAAAAGUAAAAUAAAAAUGGCGGACGAUCGAAGGACAAAUUUGCUGCAAGACGCAUUUGAUCAGAUUGCUCGUUUAACAGGAGUUAGUCAAAGUGAAAAUCGUCCUGUAAAUCCCAGUAAUAAUGCAUCGGCAUCAAAUUCUGUAAGCAUGGAACUCAGUAGAAGAUUUCCUUCGUUACGAAUGCCAGCUGCCGGCCCUACAUCUGUGAGUCCUGCCACGUCGUCAGGCGUCAGCCACUAGUAACUCAGCCAACAGGGCCACAUUCUCUCGCUCAAGUUCAACAAGAAGCCAGGCGAGUCGGAAAAGAAAACGAACAGUAGAUAAACCAUCAAAAGUUAUUUAUAAAGAUCUGGUAUUCAUACCAGAUCCAGAGGAGGAGCAAGUUCCCACACACACGGCUCGAGUCACGCUUGAAACAGACGGGAAAGUUAUUCAUGGAUUCCCUGUAGACAUGGAGUGGGAUGCAAGGUCGCUACGGGGGAAAAUAUGCGAUCAGAUUCCCGAACUUCUUUUUUCUGAGUUUGAAUAUGUAAAGGUAACUGGGGCCAUUCAUUUAAUAUAUUAUAUAUACACCCCCGUGUUGACGACAUUCUCUGAGCCUGAGAUGUAUAGGAAAAAUGGGCUAUUACAUUUAAUUCCCGUACCCCCCCUGUCGAGGACCUCAUUUUCCAAGGGGGAAAUUAGUAAUUUUUUCCAGAGGGGUAAUUGGGAAAAAUGGAAGAAAAAUGCUCUUUCCAGAGGGGUUAAAAAGUAAAAAUGCACUUCCAGAGGGGGUUCAAGUCUCUUCCAGAGGGGUCAAUUACACAGAUUUUUUUGCAUUCCAGAGGGGUAAAAAUCCCAAAAGCAGAGGUCCUCGACAGGGGGGUUUGGUUUUUUAAUGUAAUAGCCCAAUUGAGGAGUCACUAUACUGGGGCAUGAACUUUUUGCACCAGUCAUUUGAAACCCCCGACCACCCCUCCCCCCCCCCCACGUCAGGGACACCGGGGGAAUUUACUCUCUUUGUGUGUGAACCUUUAUCCCCCAGUCACCGAGGGAAAAGUAGGGUAAACAAACACCCCUGGCUUUUUUCUCCUGAUAUUCGAUUUAGGUAGCUUUUAAAAUCGCUAUGUAAGAGCUUUUUAAUGCGACAGUUGUUUAAUUAAAAGAAAAAACGUCCCGGAAAUCUUGUGUACUUAAUUUUAAUUAAAACCCUGACAAAACAUGAUAGUAUUAACAUGUCAAAUUGUAUCUGAAUCAUUUUGUAUAAUUUUAUUUUAUAUAAUUUUUUUUCUUAUGGUAUAUCUUAUUGCAAAAUUUUACGUAACUCGCUGUUGGUCUCGCAUUCCCCAGUGACCAGGGAAGGACAAAACAGUGAAAAUGAGGUGAAUAUCCCUGUUAUGUGUGUGUGUGUGUGUGGGGGGGGGGGAUCGGGGGUUUCAAAUGACUGGUGCAUAACUACCUGUUGACAACAAUUCCUGGGAGGUCGGUGAAAAUUUUAAAGUUUCUGAGGCAAAAACAUUUUUCUGAUGGGUCAUAAUAUCAGGGGAUGUUGUCAACAGGGGGUGUACAUAUGUUUUAAAUGGAGUGAUCCAAGUCUCAUUGGAAAUUAGCUAUUAUCUAUCUGUAACCAUUCCCCUCUUGGCUUUGUAUCUUAUUCAUUUAGGGGCCGUCAACAAAUAGAUUUGAACCCCCACCCCCAUUGCAUACCAGACUUUCUACUAUUGCCAUCAUUCAAAAUCUUGAUGUGAGCUGUUAUAGUGUAAGUUGUUGAAUUUACUUUAGACAAAUUUAAAUUUAAUUGUACAUACUUUUGUCUGAAAUGUGAUACAUAUUUGUUGCUGUACAGUACAGUACAGUACAGUACAGUACAGUACAGUACAGUACAGUACAGUACAGUACAGUACAGUACAGUACAGUACAGUACAGUACAGUACAGUACAGUAUGUUGAAUGUACAGUGCAUCCCACAAAAUAGUCUAUUCUUUUGUUUUGUCCCUGUGGUUGUCAGGGAGGGAUAAUUACAUCACAAAAUUUAAUUACUCAUGUAUUUGGCUGAUUGGAGGAGGUAUACAUCUGUGAUUCCCAAUAAAUAUAAAAAAUAUGCUUUCAGGCGUGUUAUGGAAAGCUGGUGCCCUUAAAUUUGGCUAAUGGGGUUGAAGCUACAGCUGAGAUAAUUCUCAAAGUGGCAGGCCAGGGUGCGAUAUACCUGAGAUGCACAGAACUGGAAGACGAUGACAGUAUUUUGAUGCAUUCUGCUUUUGACAACGAAUCAAGGUUGGUUUUCAAAAGACAAUUGCAAUCUAAAAAGUUCUGGUUUGCCAAGUUCUUUACACUGGGUUUUCAGGUAUAUGGGCCAUUCAGUUUUUUUCUGUGAUUAUUACAGCAAUGCCUCAACUGCAGAGGUCAUACCUACUAUAAUUGAACCUGGUCCUACUUCUGGUCCUACUUCUGGCCCUGGUCCUACUUCUGCCCUUGUCCUACUUCUGGCCCUGGUCCUACUUCUGGCCCUGGUCCUACUUCUGGCCCUACUACUGUACCUACUGCUGCAUAUACCAUUAUAA